AUGACUCAAGAGGAAUCUAAUUAUUCAACUUCUCAAUUACAUGAUGGUCCAUCUUAUUUUAAACCAUUGGUUGAUAAGAUUGAACCAUUUCAAUGUAAAUUGAAGAAUUCUAAUACUGUGGCUACUGCAUUCCCAGUAUUUAAUCAUUCUCAAAUUCCUGAUUCACUUAUUGAAUUCUUACAAAAUGAAUUCAAUAAAGAAAUUGAAAGAGGUGAUACUUACCCACAAGAUAAACCUCUAUCAAAGGAAGAAUUCAUAGAAUAUUGGUUUCACUCUUUUACAGUCAUCUUCUUGGAAACCGAUAAAUUAAUGAUUCCUAAUAAUAUCAAUCAACCAGAUGAUUGGUCAAAAUUGGUUCUAGGUACUUUUUAUAUUAAACCAAAUUAUAUGCCACGUUGUUCUCAUAAUUGUAACGCAGGUUUCUUGGUUAAUUACGCUCAUAGAGGUAAAAAAGUUGGUCAUAGAUUAGGUCAAAUUUAUUUGAAAUGGGCACCUUUAUUAGGUUACAAGUAUUCUGUCUACAAUUUGGUCUUUGUUACUAAUGUGGCAAGUGCUAGAAUCUGGGAUAAUUUGAAGUUUGAUAGAAUUGGAUUAGUACCAAAAGCUGCAGUUUUAAAAGGCCACGAUGAACGCAUAGAUGCUAUCAUCUUUGGUAAAGAUCUAACAAACAUUGAACCAGAGUUAUUCGAUGAUUUGAUUCAAGCUUGA